AUGUCCGAUGUUCCAUUGUUCAAGGUACCGAAUACGCGAAGGCAGAAUAACCGUGUGCUACCUACAUUGGCAAUUCCGUCCACACAAAACAACACCAAACCAAAUUUACAAUUGGAUGCUGAAUUAUCACAGGAUGUUGUCGAAGGGCGAUUUGGUCAAUUGAAUAUUGGCGACUCACAACCGAAUCUGCAGUCACAAUUACCACCUCAGCUUAAAAAACCGCCUACAGUAAUGACGAAUCUAAAUUUCACACCUUCGUCAUCCAAUUCUUCCCCGACACCCAACACGGCGCAUUCAUCAUUGUCUUCAAGCUCCCCUAGAUUAAAAAGGAAACCACCUCCAAUAUCGAAAGACCCACCACAAAAUGAAGUUGAGGAGAAGAUACGACUUCGUCAGGCACUGAGUGACAGUCAGGAACUGCAGCCAUGUGAGCAGUCAAAAGUAAAACCAGAUGAAGUUUUGCAAAACAAGCAUUAUAUUGAGCAACUAACAUCUCACGACUGGCAUAUAUGUGCAAAUAACAAUCUCAUAGAAGAAGUAGGGAAAUUGGGUGAGGGAAAUGGAGGAUCAGUUACAAAAUGUCGUAUCCGAAAAUUACAAAAGACGCAAGUUUUUGCUUUAAAAAUGAUAAUUGCUGAUUCAAAUCCCGAUGUACAAAAACAGAUAUUUCGAGAGUUGGAUGUUGCUAAAAAAUGCCAGCAUCCGAACAUCGUCAAUUACUACGGUACUUUUUUAUUGGAGAAGCAGUCAAUGAUUGGGAUAGCAAUGGAGUAUAUGGAUGGACACUCUCUAGAUGCGAUAUACAAAGAAGUUGCAAAACGAGACAAGACAAAUCGAAUUAGUGAGAAGGUUUUGGGUAAAAUCGCAAAUUCGAUUUUAUCGGGAUUAGAUUACUUACAUCUGAAGAACAUCAUACACCGAGAUAUCAAACCAUCAAAUGUUUUACUAGAUUCCAAAGGAAACGUCAAGCUAUGUGAUUUUGGUGUAAGUGGUGAGGCAGUUAAUUCCUUCGCGUCUACCUUUGUUGGAACACAAUACUAUAUGGCUCCAGAACGUAUUAUGGGUAAAAAUUACUCAAUAUCAAGUGACAUAUGGUCCCUUGGUAUGUCCAUGUUGGAAGUUGCAAAUGGAAAAUUUCCCAUUGAUGUUUCAUUGGGACCAAUCGAGGUAGUGGAGAUGGUGCUGAGAAGUGAAUUAUCACUAAAGGAUAGUGUUGCUGACUGUAUAUUUUGGUCUCCUGAGUUCAAGCGAUUCAUUGCCAGAUGUUUGAUCAAGGAGCCAUUAAAGAGGCCAAUACCAAGACAACUUUUGGCCCACGAUGAAUGGUGUUUAGCACAGCUGAGAGAAAAGGUAAAGAUGGACAAAUUUGUUACAGUUGUUUGGAAGUUAAAUGAGUGA